AUGGUGUCGUCGUCUUCUCCGACAUGUCCUUUGUCUUCUUCAUUGCUUGGCUCGUCUUCCAACCCUGCCUCCCUGAGUUACGGGUCGACUCCGCCUCCGUCUUCACACUCAAUGACACUCGUUUUGAGCUCAUCGCCACCUGGGACCUCACCUUCUUCGCCGCCAACCCUUGGCUUGUCUUCCAACCCCGCCUCCGUCUUCACACUCAAUGACACUCGUUUUGAGCUCAUCACCACCUGGGACCUCACCCUCCUCGCCGCCAACCCUAACCACAAGCUCAUAAUUUAUUACGACAACAUCCAUGCUACUAUCUCGACCCAUGAUUACCGGCUUGCCAAAACUUCGUUGCCCCCUUUGUUUUAA